AUGGGACCAUCAGAAACACACUCCUCGCCUAUUUUUCCUUCCUUGGACCCCAUCAUUAUGGACGAUGAGAUGGAGUCCGCCUUCCGUGACACCAAAAUGGACUUUCUCGACCCUACACAUCUGGAAAUGCCAUCAGGAUCCGCCGGAGGGGACUUUGACGAUUUAUUUGCUCGAGUAACACAUUCUCGCUCAAAUGGAGGCACCGAGUCCUCCAAGACUUACGAUCAACACCCCUUGAGACAACCACCAGUCAUGGCUGCAGAUUCACCAGCCGAAUCUCUAGAUAAUUCCAGUCCUAGUUCUACCUCUGGGUCUCCACGUGACCGCCUACGACACCCCUCGAUUGCUUCAACAACUUCUGCGGCUCUUAGUGAGAACCCGCGCGCAUCUAUUGCUUUCUCGGCUGACGACUGGAUACGACCCGAUCUGUCCUCAGUUAAAGAAGAAUCUCCAUUUACAAUAGACCCAUCAUAUUCACUCAAUACUGGAUUUCCUAUGGACCCGGACUUGGAGUCAAGUAACAAAGCAAUGGACGCAGCAUUUGACUUUGAAAGUGCCGCGAGCAGCCCUAGCCCCCUCAAUAUCGAGAAUCCAUCAUCACUUGAACCAGAAACAAUUAUCAAAUCUCAAAUAUGGAGCCCUUCUGGUACCCCUGCUAUGCCGGUGUCGACAUCUUCCGUUCCGAUUGCCGGAUCUUCAUUCUUCUCAUUUGGGGCAAGGGAGCAGUCUCCGUUCUCAGGCUUGUUCCGCCAUGACACAGACAGAAUUCCCGCUCCGCAAUGGGGUGGCCAGUCCCCAUCAUCGUUACUGGAGGAGAGUUUUGGAGGAAUUAAUAUGAACGGACAGUCGCCAUUAAACCAUAUGUCUCCAAAUAUGAACUUCAGCUCCCCCUCAGCGUAUCAAAUCCCCGCCAACUUCGCCUCAUCCCCGGCUCAGUCACCUCCCGAUGCUAUGAAUUCUAUGCAACCCAUUCUUACGGUGCAUCCAACAUCACUCAAGUCGCGCGUCGAAACUCAGAUUCCCAUUCGAUUGACACUUUCUCCACUGCCGGUCGGUGUGAAGAAAUUACGCCUUCCUUCGCACACAAUAUCGAAACUUAAAUUCCUCGCGCCUUCUUCCACCGAACCUACUCCCGACACGCUUCAAUUAUACGCAAGUUUAGUAUGCACAAGUGCAAUGCAGGACCGGGGAAAAUUGAAGAGAGCCUUUGCUCGAACACGCGGCGAGAGAUACUCAUCUGGGGCGGAAGAUGAGCGACCAUUGGAUGGUGGGGAUGUCAAGAUAUGUGCGGGCUGUAUCCAACGAGAGCGGAAACGUGCGUCUCGGAAAAAGCAGCGAAAGCCUGAAGAGGAUGAGCUUUUCCAGAAGGAUGAGGAAAAAAGGGUGAUAGUCUUUAACACCAGUGAAAUCAAAGAGUGGACCGAGCCGCCAAAGAGCGCCUCAGCUGGCUACAGUGAUAUUUCCGCUACCCCGGGAUCAAUGCAGGUGGAGCUGCCGAUGCGCAUCGCAUGCUACUGUCGACACCAAAACGAAAAAAUUGGAUUCCAGGUUAUUUUUACCGUGAAAGAUCAUUUGGACAACGUUGUCUCCCAGUCAAUCACAAAUUCCAUUAUGAUCACCGACGACCACAAAACGCAGGCCCCUUCUGCUCCAACUGCACACUCUCUACCGGAUGGAUCAUCAAUGCCUGGCGUCAGUGUCUUUUCAUCCGGAUCGAAUGACGCCAAAGGUUCCAACGGCGCAUUUGCUUCGCCGCAGUCUCCGACUGAUCUUCAGGGUCUCCAGCAAAGGUUCAACUCGCAGUACCAACUCACGCCCAGCUCAUUUGCUGCCGUUCAAACCCCAACCAAUGGCCUCGUUUCAAAUUCACAAACCCCUCGAAACCUUUCUCGACAGGCGUCACCAAGCGACUUCCCCGGGCCGCAGACGAAACGACGGAAACACAGCAACUCUGGGAGAUUACCUUCAGAGCUGACUAUGACGCGAAUGGAGUCACCUCAGGCGUCCGGUUCGGCAAUGAAUAAUGCUGCACAAAUUGCGGCUGCCCGUGUGUUCACCUCGCCAAUAGAACGGCCGUUUGUGACACCUUCGUCAAUGUCUGGGCAAUAUGUGAAUAGCCCGCCAACUCCAAACCCGGCCCAUGACAACAAUAACCCAUUUUUCAACCCAACUCCGGCUCAACGGCAAAGCUUGGACAACUUGUCUCAACCUGUGGUGUCCGCACCUAAUUCUGCCCAUGCCAGUCGUCCUGGAACACCCGGUGGUCCUGGACGUAAUGGUUUCCAGGAUCCAAACCUCGCGCUUGCGCUUGGCGCCAAUACCGCUAGUCAAGUAUGGCCGUCUAUUACUCCUUCACCAAGCCGAUUGCCAUCUGUGAUCCAUAAGUUGGUACCGGCUGAGGGUUCGAUUGCCGGCGGUACUGAGGUUACGCUACUAGGUAGUGGAUUCUAUCCCGGCAUGGAAGUUGUCUUUGGCGACACCCUUGCAACCACAACCACAUUCUGGGGGGAUAAGUGCCUUAACUGUCUGACUCCUCCAGCACUCCAACCUGGACUGGUGACAGUGAUGUUCAAACAUGAGCACCCCACGUUCGGUCAGGUUCAGCAGUCACAGUCCAUGAUGCCGAAACAGCAGCUAUUCUUUCGAUAUGUGGAUGACCGAGAACUUCAGAUGUAUCGUUUAGCUCUCAACAUUCUGGGACAAAAGCUGGGAAGCCAAGCAGACGCAUUCCAGACGGCUCAGCAGAUCAUGGGAAGUGACCCCACUGCCAUUUUCAACAUGCAGAAGGACAUGCAAGGCGGUUCGUCUGGUGGCCACCAACGCCAGGUUCCGGGUCUGGAACCCCAGGCUCUCAGCGAUCUCGACUCGAAGAUGCUGACCUAUCUCGAAUUUCUGGACUUGGAUAACAGCCCACGGCCGCCACGGUAUAACUCUCGUAGUUCUACUGGUCAGACUCUUCUUCACUUCGCUGCUUCUCUGGGGCUGACUCGCUUUGUGGCUGGUCUUCUUGCUCGGGGAGCAAAUCCGGAUGUGCAGGACAAUACAGGCAACGUGCCAAUGCACUUUUCUGCUCUUCACGGACAUGCUCACAUUGUCCACCGACUCCGUCUUGCAGGUGCCAACGCCGAUGCUCACAGCUUGCGUGGCUUCACCCCGGCUGACUUGGCAACUACGCUCUCGGCUCAUCAGGCUGCUCUCCUUCCUUCACGCAACUACAGGUCUCGCAGUGUUGGGUCCAUUACCAUGCGUCGCCGGCGUAGCAGCUCUGCUUCACUCAACUCGCUUUGGGAGGUAUCAUCAGCUUCCGGGUCCUUAGGCCAUGAAAUGGACAAUUCAGAUGAACUGGACGAUAGCGAAGAACUAGAUAGCGAUGACUCCGAUAUCGGCCAUUCAUACUUCAGUUCAUCACGACGAUCUAGUGUACACCAGGAUAUCGUCCCUCCAGUGGUGGACGUGGGUGAACAACAGCCUACGGCCGCCGGAGAUCUCCUUGGUUUCUCACCACCAGCGGCAGUUGUGGCAUGGCGCAACCAGCUAGCUGCGCAAAUCAACCAUUUCCAGCAGAGCGUGUCCAACGCCUUUCCGAACAUUCCUGCUCUGCCUCCGAUUCCUACUAUGCCAGAUUACCAAGGCAAUCAAAUGAUGCGUCGCAUUACUAAUUUAAUGCCAAAUCGUCCUAACGCUGGAGAUGGAUGGUGGGAUCUAUUGAAGGGCAACACUGCCCAAAUUCACGAGCCACCGUCCUACGAAGAAUUGUAUCCACACCAGCAAGACCAUGACGACGAAGCUUCAUUGAAGAAAUCUAGUCUGCUUAGUGCAGCAGCAGAGGCAGCAUUAGAUGAACACUUUGAGGCGGAAACCAACGAGCUUAUCGCAUCAUCAUCGACAGCUGUAGAUACUUUUGAGCAGCCUCAGUCAACAAAAGAUGAUCUCAAAGACAUCUUUAUUGGGCGAAAGUUGAUCUCGCAUGCGCAGCAGAAGCACCUCCGAGAGCACCAAGCACGUCGUAUGAAGGGACUUGGUAGUGAUCGGAAUCUGUAUUUCAUCUGGAUUCCUCUUCUACUUCUUGUUGUCUGUGCCUGGAUUCGAAACUAUGUGCCAGGGAUUUGGCAAGGCGUCACAGCCAGUUAUGAUUACGUGAAGGCUCGCUCCACGCAGCGGGCUGUGAACAUGGCCAUUUGA